AUGAGUGAAUCUGACAGCGUCUUUGUAGAUCCUGAUGAUUACGCCCUAAACGGCUCUGACCGCUAUUCUCAAGGCCACGAAGACAGACAUCGUGACUCGAGGCACAGCGAAGAUAGACUCCACCACGAUGAUCGUGACGAUAGACAUCGCGAUCGUCACCGCCACGACGAUGACCGCGACGAUAACCACGACGACGCGAGUCCAGAUGACAGACUCGAUGACAGACUCGACGACAGACACAGUGACCGUCGUGAUGAUAGAAGUCUCUUAAGUCGCUCUCGCUCGAGAUCUGAUCGGCGAUCUCGGUCUCCUGAGCGGAGCCGGGAGCGAGAGGAUUCGAAUCCCGGGAAUAACUUAUUUAUAACCGGUUUGGCCGCACGCACUGCAGAUCGGGAUUUAGAAGAAGUAUUUUCAAAAUACGGCAAGGUUAUUAAAGCUCAAAUUAUGUAUGACCCGCAUUCCCGUGAUUCGCGUGGGUUUGGUUUCGUGACAAUGGAUUCCGUAGAUGAAGCUGAUGCGGCAAGAAAUGCUGUUAGUGGUACCGAAAUACACGGAAGACCUAUUACAGUCGAGAAAGCUCGACGUUCACGCGCCCGAACUCCGACUCCGGGACGAUAUUAUGGACCACCUAAGCGUAGAGAGCCGCGACGGGUGGAUAGAUUUGAUCCUAGGUACGAAUAUAGGCCUUAUGAUCGUUACGAUCGACCACCAAGGAAUUAUGCCCGUGAUCCUUAUUACGAUCGAAACUAUGAUCGAUCGUACUAUGAUAGAGGAUAUGAUCGAGCAUAUGAUCGGAAUUACGAUAGAGGCUACGACAGAGGCUACGAACGAGACCGCCGACCUCCCCCCCAACCUCGCUAUGAUCCCUAUGCACGUCCCCGUUCACCUUACUAG